AUGGGUAGAAUAACAAGUUGGUUGAAGCCCUGUUUUGGGCUUAACAAGAAGGAAAAGGAGAAUGAAGAGAGCUCCAUGAUCUCCGGUACCAAAUCUGGUGAUGGCAGAAGAGAUGGUGAAAGGUUAAGAAGAAGAGAAACUUCUUCCCAUAUGACCACUACUCCAUCAUCUCUUAAUGCUGAGCAAUGCAAGGAGGCAAUUGCAAUGGUAGCCUCCACCGUUGCAGCUGCUAACGCUGUCAUUGCCACCGCAAAUGCUGCAGUUGCAAUGUGUAGAAGGCUCAUCACUGAACCCAGGGUUACAGACCUCCAAACCUCGGCUGCCAUGAAGAUUCAGAGCGCGUAUCGCGGUCACUUGGCAAGGCGGGCUCGCAGGGCGUUGAAAUCGCUAGUGAGGGUACAAGCCCUGUUUAGAGGAUACAUGGUACGUAAAAGGAUGCAAGCAUUCAUGAGAGCAAAACAGUACUACGUCCAUGCCAAUAUAACUUAUGGCCUGGCACAUCAAUCUGAAAGAAGCAAGCAGAGGUUAUCACAACAUUCCAGACGCCAAUCACUAUCCUCGGAAUGCCAAUGUCCACAUGGGUUCUCCGAGCCUCGUGACGGAGAGUUUCGUGUUGCAUCUCUUCCUUGCAAUCCUGACUUGAAUGUCAUGUCUGAUCUUCGGGAUGCCACAACUGGAGACCCUAAUGUGGUCCAUUCCUAUGUAUCCAUGAAGGAAUGUGAGAAGUACAACAAAAUGAAGAUGGCUAAGGGGAUUACUCGCCAUAAACACUCCCUGGGGCAGCCAUCUGAAGGAUGGAGCUCCAUAGUCAACGAACUAAGACCACGGAGGGAGGGUAAAAAUGCGGGCAGCAUCCAAGAUGGUUCUACCAGACCUCCUAACCCGUACGAGAAAAUGUAUGUAAGGAGAGAGACUCCUCGCCAAUGUCGGAGAAUUCUGCCUUUGUUUUAG